UGUGUGUUUGGAUCACUCUUUUGCCUUGAGUUGUCUUUCUCUUUCUUUUCUUCUCCUCUCUAUCUUCUCUUUUGUUGUUACUUUUGUUAGUCUUCUUCUUUGUUUCUGAGAAAUUAUUCAGUUUACUUAGAUUUUGUUUAAUUCAUUCACUUUUUUUCCAGUUUAACUAGAUUUAUUUAUUAAAAGUUUCUGAUUAGUUUAUGAUGUAAGUUCUGCUCCACACAAUACCAUGCUUUUUCUGGUAAUAACCGCUCUCAAUUUUUUUUUCCUUUCGAAAAUAACAAAAUUCGUUUUUUUUUGAGAAAAAAAUGAGAAAUCAAUAUUUUAGCAGUUCUCUAGCCCAGAGAUCUGAAAGUGAAAAAGCCCAUUUGGGGGUUUGGUUGGGUUCAUAAACAAGAAGGGUAUUUUCGUCAUUCCGACUAACUGGUGUUGCCCUAAAUUCGUCCGCCGUCUAGUCGGUGACCGCCCGGCGAUGAGAAAUGAGUUUUUUUUUCUUUUGGGUUUUGUUUGUGGUCGGAAUAUUUAAUUGUCAACUCAUUGCAAUUUAUACUUAUUUCAUAGCAAAUUAAUUAGUUAUGAUUUAGUCUUUAAUUAGCUAGGAGUAAUCCAGUUUAAGGGCAAGAUUCAAAAGUUACGAGGAGCAUUCAUGAAACCGAGAUCCUAGCUGUCUCCACGUGGCAACCGCUGACCUGGCAAAAUAAAAAGCGACCAAUGAGAGAGUCGAAUCCGAAAAUAAAGAAACGAAAGAAAACAAAAAAUAAUGAAAAGUCAGUGUGGGACCCAUUCAGACAUAGAAAUGACUAGUUUGCCUCUCUCACAAAAAAAGGAAAAUCAUUUUAAAAAUCCACAUCAAUUUUUGUAAAGUUCGUAGGAAUUAUUAAAAAAAUACAAAAAUAACACAUACACACGACGCCUCACGAACAAACGGCUAAAAUAACUCCACGUGGAUAACUACGAAGAUCUGAGCCAUCCGUGGCAGAUUUCCGGGGCAGCUAGAUCGGUCAGCGUCACCCAACAGAUCUGAACCGUAAGAUCUAAAUUUAACGGUUAGAUUUAAACUAAGCGUUAUGUCGGUCAGAUUCCAAUGGCCUUUAAGAAGAGAUGAUGCCUCCCAUCUUCUUCCUCAUCAUCAUCGACCAUCUCCCAAAAAACCCUCUUUUCAUCCCUUUUUCUGAAGCUCUAAAAUUUUUCAGUUCCCCGAUCGCCGGAAUUUUCGCCGGUGAUGUAAUUUUCCCGCGCCUUUUUUGGGAGGUGAAUUUUUUUUUCUUCUAAAAGCUCGAGAAGAGUGAAAACCCCAGAAAUGACCUUGCGAUUCGUAUGGCUCCGGCUGUUUUCGCUACCUUAAACGAACCGUCGUACCAGGAACAAUGCGGCGCCGUUUUUAUGAGGAAAUUUACAAACCAAUCCGUCACCGAAAACACCAAUAACCUUCCGCUCUUCAACCCUAACCCUAACCCUAAUUUCGAAAGGAGCAAUUCGAGCAAGCAGUGCGAUGACUCGUCGGAAUUUGGAAGCUAUGCUACUUUUAAUCUCGCUGGGUACACCUCAAGUCAGCUCAGGGAGCUUAAGAAGCGCUUUACCUCAGAGCUCAAGCAGAUUCGGAUCCUGAGAGAACGGAUCGAGUCAGGGACGUUCGAGACUCAGCAAGGUUAUACUAUCCCAGAGGUACCCGCCGUUCGAUCAGCUCCGUUGAAUAACUUCACCGGUGAAAAGAAUGACCUUGGACCGAAGAAGAAGAAACAGAAGAAAAAUGUGUCAGGUCUCAAGCGAAGCAAUCAAUUUGGUCCGUCGGAUCCGGAGUCGGAGAAAUUAUUGGCCGGUAUGUUGAAUACCUGUAGUCAGAUCUUGGUGAAGCUAAUGAAGCAUAAAUGGGCGUGGGUGUUCAACACUCCUGUUGAUGUGGUUGGUUUAGGGCUUCAUGAUUAUCAUCAGGUUGUGAAGAAACCUAUGGAUCUGGGUACAGUGAAAUUGAAUCUUGAUAAAGGAUUCUACGUUUCGCCGAUUGAUUUUGCUACUGAUGUCAGAUUGACAUUCGACAAUGCAAUGACGUAUAAUCCAAAGGGACAAGAUGUGUAUUUUAUGGCUGAUAAGCUUUUGGAUCAUUUCGAUGGAAUGUUCAAUCCUGCUUUUAAGAAGUUUGAGGCUCAGCAGCUUAAACUCACUGGUUCUUCAUCUCGUCCUGAACCUGACUUCAAACCUGACUUCAAGCAAAGACAGUGGAAUCAGAAUCCGCCAAUGGUGGCGAAUCCUAGGAAAGGAACCGAACAAAUAUCUAUUGCGAAGAAGCUUGAUUCAGUGAAGCCGCCACAACCUACAUUGCCUCCUCAAUUAGUCGAGCCGUCACGCGUUCAAUCUCCUUCUCCUCCUCCCCCUCCUCCGGUGAUACAGCCUGAACUUCCGCAGCCUCAACCACCACCUCCACAGCUUGAAAUUGAAGUAGAAGCACCUCCUGAUGUGAGUGAAGUGUCAAAAGGAAGGAAGGGGAAGUUGCCGAAGCCUAAGGCUAAGGAUCCAAAUAAGAGGUUGAUGACGAUGGAAGAGAAGUCAAAGCUUGGUAUGAAUCUACAAGACUUGCCUCCUGAGAAGCUUGGUCAGUUGCUUCAGAUUCUCAGGAAGAGAAACGGACAUUUAGCUCAAGAUGGGGACGAAAUUGAGCUGGAUAUAGAAGCUGUCGACAAUGAGACUCUAUGGGAGCUUGAUCGUUUUGUGACGAACUACAAGAAGAUGGCUAGCAAAAUCAAGCGCCAAGGGUUUAUCAGGAACGUGUCAACUCCACCUAGGAACAUGGCUUCGGUAGCAGAAAUGGGUAGUGCGGAGAAGAGAACAAGGAGAGGAGAUGCAGGGGAAGAGGAUGUUGACAUUGGAGAGGACAUACCAAUCGAAGAUUAUCCAUCUGUAGAGAUCGAAAGAGAUGGUACUGCAGUUGCAGCUGCUGCUAGUAGUGGUUCUAGUUCUUCAGGCAGUUCCAGUUCUAGUGGUGGUAGUUCCUCGUCUAGUGAUUCAGGGUCAGGUGGGAGUUCAUCAGGUAGUGAUUCUGAUGCAGAUAGUGUUCAAUCGCCAUUUGUGGAAGCAAAAGAAGCCCAAUGUUAAAAUCAUUUGGGAAUUUAACCGUUGAUUCUGUCCUGAAGUACUAGGAACGUUUAGCUGAGGGUGUAAAGGGAGGAAUGAAGGGGAAAACUGAAGGAAAGGAUUUGUUUUUUCUUUCGAUGAUAAACUUAGGAAGCAGAUGUAGUUAGAAAGAAAAAUGUAAUAGGUAGAUAGAAAGAGAGUGCUAGUUUAAGCAAGAAGAAGAGUUCGUUAUUUAAUACCUUUUAGAUUUAGGAGUUGUUUAGUGUAUUUGUGAGAUGCUGAACAGAGGGUGAGAGUGAGUGGGUAGGUACUGUAGGAGAAGAAGAAGAAGAAAAGAGUCUUUUUAGGUUCUAUGACUUUAUUUAUUUUUCUUUGUUAGUAGUGUUAAAGAGUCUGGUUGUGGUAGGAAAAAUGGUGAUAGAAGAGAAGAAAGAAAUCAAUGCAAUGUAUUAGAUGUAAAUGGUUGGCAUAUUAAAAAAGAAAAGUUGAUUUUCCAUCUU